AUGUCUCGCUCUUUCUUUUGUUUUUUUUUCCUCUUCCUUUCUCCUCACUUCUCCACCUCUUCACUUCUCCACCUUCUUACCUCUCCGCUUCUUCACUUCUCCACCUCUCCGCUUCUUCACUUCUCCACCUCUCCGCUUCUUCACUUCUCCACCUCUCCGCUCUUCACUCUCCACCUCUCCGCUUCUUCACCUCCACCUCUCCGCUUCUUCACUUCUCCACCUCUCCGCUUCUUCACUUCUCCACCUCUCCGCUUCUUCACUUCUCCACCUCUCCGCUCUUCCUUCCCCCCUCCCUUCUUCACUUCUCCACCUCUCCGCUUCUUCACUUCUCCACCUCUCCGCUUCUUUCACUUCUCCACCUCUCCGCUUCUUCACUUCUUCCACCUCUCCGCUUCUUCACUUCUCCACCUCUCCGCUUCUUCACUUCUCCACCUCUCCGCUUCUUCACUUCUCCACCUCUCCGCUUCUUCACUUCUCCACCUCUCCGCUUCUUCACUUCUCCACCUCUUUAUCUUUCCACCUCUCCACCUCCCCACCUCUUGA